AUGAAACGUCAAAAUAUUCGUACGCUAUCGCUGAUUGUUUGUACAUUAACUUAUUUAGUUAUUGGUGCUGCUGUUUUUGAUGCAUUGGAAUCUGAUCACGAAAUGCAGCAGAGAGCAUUGGUAUCAAAAGUGAGAAAAAGUUUAAUUGAUAAGUACAAUAUUAGUAGCACAGAUUAUCGAGUACUGGAAUCAAUUAUUAUCAGAUCAUUACCUCAUCGUGCUGGUCAUCAAUGGAAAUUUGGUGGUGCAUUCUAUUUUGCUACCACUGUUAUCACUACUAUUGGUUAUGGACACAGUACUCCGUCAACAAUUGGUGGUAAAACAUUUUGUAUGUUUUAUGCGCUUGCUGGUAUUCCACUGGGACUUGUCAUGUUUCAAAGUAUCGGUGAAAGGAUUAAUACGUUUGCAGCAAUCCUUCUACGUUUGUGUAAACGUUUAGCCGGAAAACCGGCAGCUGUCACUCAUUUAGAUUUGAUUUUGGUUGCAUCGGGCUGUGGUACAUUCCUCAUUGCUUCAGGAGCUUAUGUCUUUCAAAGUUAUGAAAAAUGGACAUAUUUUGAUAGUUUAUAUUACUGUUUCAUUACUCUUACUACUAUCGGUUUUGGUGAUUAUGUAGCAUUACAAAAGAAUAGCGCUUUACAAAGUUCACCGGAAUAUGUGACAUUUGCGCUUAUCUUUAUCAUGUUUGGUUUAACAGUUGUCUCAGCAGCAAUGAAUUUAUUGGUGUUGCGAUUUUUAACAAUGAAUACCGCUGAUGAAAAACGACUUGUACGUGUCUCAAAACAUCUUGGCCAAAAAUCAUACCAAUCCAAACGUUUAUCAUUUAUUAAAAAACCAUUUGAUCACGAAAAUUUUGAAAAAUAUGAUGAAAAAGAUGAUGAACACGAGAAAGACACAUCAAGAUCAAUUGAUUUUGAAAAUGCUUCAAUAUGUUCAUGUUCAUGCUAUCAACUGCCGUAUCCGGAAACUGAUCUUCGACAAAGGUAUUCGGUACGCAGUCAUCAUCAUUUGGCACAUUCCGAUAUGCAACCAUCGACACAACCAAUUACAUUUGAGCAGCAAUAUCCUGGCACGAGUGCCGCCAGUCGGCUAAUUUCUAAAACAACUAUUUGCUAG